GGGGAAAGGGGGGUUUUCUCUGCAACUGCCCCGAAAGCCAUGAAAGACCUCCGGCUUGUCAAGAAACAAUCACAAAACCCGCGCAGCACAGGUCCAUUCAUCCGAAAUUUAAAACUGAAGUAGAGAAUAAGUUUCUUCCUGGAUCUUCAUGGACAUGCUGAGAAAUUCAAGAAGUGGGGACCCACGCAAUUUGGCAGGUCAGGUCAGCUCCAUGCAGUUUUGAUGUCAGGGAAAGGCCAAGAGGUUCUGAAGGGGGUUCUAAUCUUUGGCUCCAAAGCACCGAGAUGAGUGGAGGUCGCUUUGAGUUCGAUGACGGCGGCGCGUACUGUGGUGGCUGGGAGGGGGGCAAGGCGCACGGCCACGGUAUCUGCACCGGCCCAAAAGGCCAGGGCGAGUUUUCCGGAUCUUGGAACUAUGGCUUUGAGGUGGUGGGGGUCUACACAUGGCCCAGUGGCAACACCUACGAGGGCUACUGGUCGCAGGGCAAACGUCACGGACUGGGGGUCGAAAGCAAAGGUCACUGGAUCUACAGAGGGGAAUGGACGCAUGGUUUUAAGGGGCGCUACGGCAUCCGACUCAGCGUCGGCAGUGGCGCCAAAUACGAGGGGACUUGGAACAACGGACUCCAGGACGGCUAUGGAACUGAAACCUACGCUGAUGGAGGUACUUUCCAGGGUCAAUUUACAGGCGGCAUGCGACACGGCUACGGGGUCCGUCAGAGCGUGCCCUAUGGCAUGGCAGCAGUGGUCCGUUCGCCUCUCCGGACUUCCCUGACCUCCCUACGCAGCGAGCACAGCAAUGGCACAGUUCUGCAACAAGAUAUCCCCACCAUCACCACCACAAGUGUGUCUGGUGAGGAGACUCCUGUUGCCAACCCUGCCCAACUGGGACCAUCGCGGGGAGGCUUCGCCCUCACUCUCCAGGUGGACCCUGACGCUGUGAGACCCAAGAAGAAAGGUUUAUUUCGCAGGAGUGCUCUGCUGGGAAAACUCAAGAAAUCCGAUUCAAGCACUUCGCUUUCCAGUCAGAAGAGCAAGAUAAGUUUCCUGAGGACGGAAUCGGCUUUGAGCUCCAAUGCCAGCGACACCAACUCCACCAUCAGCAUGGGGGACGAGAGCCUGGCCGGAGCAGAAGACUUCCCCCCUGUGGAGGCGGACAUCGAUGCAACCACCACAGAAAUCUACAUGGGCGAAUGGAAGAAUGACAAGCGCUCAGGAUAUGGAAUAAGCGAAAGAUCUAGCGGUCUCAAGUAUGAGGGUGAAUGGCUCAACAACCAAAGACAUGGCUACGGUUGCACCACCUUUGCCGAGGGUGGCAAAGAAGAGGGCAAGUACAUGAAUAACAUGCUGGUGAAGGCUGUGAAGAAGAGAGUGAUCCAACUCAAGGGAACCAAGAUCAAACAGAAAGUGGAGCGGGCCGUGGAGGGCGCACAGCGGGCCGCCGCCAUAGGCAAGCAGAAAGCAGAAAUUGCUGCUUCAAGGUCCACCCAUGCCAAGGCCAAAGCAGAAGGAGCUGAUCAGGCUGCCCAGGCCUCCAACAGCGAGUCCUGCAUCGCAAGGCUGGUUGCCAAAGAGCUUUCACCUUCCUUCUACCAGCCAGGUCCAGAGUAUCUGAAGAAGAGAGCAAUGCCGGAAGUUGGAGAGGGAAGUGAGAACACAGAUAUAGUCAUGCAUGAGCCACUUUUGGCUGAGGAGGAGCCUGCGCCGACACCCCCCGAAAGCCCGCUUGUGAAUGAACUCGACCGCCUAAUGCCUGGAUCCUCCCCUGGCCGCACCCCCUCCCCCACUCCAGGGAUCUUCAUCAAAGAAGACCCAAAGCUCCUCGGUCCUAACAACUGGAAUGAUGAAAAAACAAGUAAAGCCAGCGGAAGUAAAGGUAGCAGUAAACCCAACAGCAGGCCUGGUAGUCGCCCCACUACACCUUCACUCCCUGUUCCUGUUCCAACUGUACCAGAGAGCACCAGUGGUCGCAACCUGUCCAGAACACCAAGUCACCAUAGUGCCAAGAAUGAACAGGGGUCCGAUUUGGAAAUUAAACCUUUGCAGAAAUUUGAUCCAGAGGUGAAUAUUCCGGACAGUGCGUCCACAUCCCAAUCAGCAAGAAAUAGCUUUGUUGGUCCAGAUGAGGAGGAAAAGCUGCGCUCCAGCACCAAAGUGGCCCCUGGAGCAGUCACUGAUUGGAAAGCCAAUGAUCUCAAGCCUGUAAGAGCUCCGUCACUCCGCGAUCAAGAGCAGUCGUGGGAAACGAACAGGCUUUCCGUCAAAGCGGAACCCAAGGCCGCAGCCAAACGGCAACCUUCUCCUACACCAUCCCCAAAGCCUGCACUCAACCAUGAACCUAAGACAGUAGCCAAGCCUGUAGAAGCCAAAAGCAACAAUGCCAAACCUGCCUUGAAAGUCGAUUCCAAAACUGAAGCCCGACUGAAGGUGCCAAUGAUGAAUUCAAACAAUGAAGUGACUGCAGAGUCUUCGGAGCAGGAGAGCCCCAACACCAUCAUGAUCUGCAUGGUCAUCCUGCUCAACAUUGGUUUGGCCAUUCUCUUCGUGCACAUUUUGUCGUGAGACCUUUCUCGCCACCUCAGCUUUUGUUGCUGCAGGUCACCAUCAGCAUUGAAGUAAGAAAGCCUGCCUCCACAGCAGUUCAGACCAGAGCGCAAAGAGACAGGAGAAUAAAGCAGAAGCCUUGCAUAAACUGCAGAGGUUCCUCUUCUUGGUGUGUCUGUCUGCAACACCUGCAAAAGGCGCUGUUCGGCUGCCGCCUCUGCAGACAACUGGGAAGCUGAAGGACAUUGAAUGACUGAAAAGGCUCAGUGUGAAGUUUCUGUGAUAAAAUGGGGGCGGGCAUGAUGUUUUAUUAUUGCGGUGCUUCUAAUGGAGGAGCACCUAAUGCACUCAUGAAGUCUACUUUUAACUUAGAAUGCCGCAGUGUCAAGAGUUUUUAAAACAAAAAAAAAUCCUUAACCUCCAUUCCCACUUGCUCUCACAAUACAAAUCCUCAUUUGCCACACUAACACGUCACUCUCAAAUUGUCCUAUGAGGCAGAUUGAACAAUGGCACAACAUUUCUAAUAGUGAUGCUUGGCCAAAUACUCAAUUCCCGUUAGCUGGCUAUGCCAAUACAAAAGAAAUCAGUCUUAAUGUUGAGAAAAUGUAAGGUUUCUUCUGCUAUGGAUCAGUGUUUGGUGGGGUUGGACCACAGCUACAGCUAAAGAAAACAAAGUUUAUUUUACCGUAUAAAUGCAUGGAUUUUGGUUUGUUUCAUUCAAAUCUGCCACAAACCGGUUUGUCCGAACGCAAACAACCAGUGUAAGGUUCUACAUGUACUUUUCAUAAGAGGCCGACCAUUGACGGGUCUUAAUACUGACCUGGAGACAUGGUGGUGAUCUGAUGGCGACUGAAGUCUCAACUGUUAGUAGGCAUCUUUGCAACAUCUCCUGAGGCCAACCGGGUUGCCAGGGUCAGGCAGUAAAUUUGGAUUUUUUUCCCGGGGACUUUUAAGUCUCCAGCAGGUCUCGGAGAUGUUGCGGACAGAAAUUCUAUCUGAGACACCCCUUGACUGAAGCUACGCUUGCUGUUACGGACUUCAGUGCGAGUCAGUUUCAGUGAGAUGUCGCCCUGAUUAGAAGUUCGGCAGAAUUCUGAGUCACAGUCGCUGGCCAGUCGUGGCAACGUCUCCACUGGUGAAAUAGGCCCUACAUAGGAUAUUUUGAUUUACUGUAAUAUCUAUAAUGGCCUCUACCAAUCCAAACAAUUCAUAAAUGUGCAGUCUUCAAAACCAUUUUUUCAUAUUAAAACUUUCUACACCAACAAAUAUGGUUCAAAUUAUCUAUUGAAAAAUCAUCCAUUCCCGGCCCACAUCUAAUGGUUCUAAUUGAGUUUGUUUGGCUAUUGUUGCUGCAUGACAAUUUUAAUCAAUGACUGUAGAGACAGAGGGUGCAACCAAAUACUGUGUCAUUUAACUCAAAGCUUAACUAUAGCAUGGGGGCCCAAGUCUGGUCCGAGAGAGCUCCUAACCAGCUUGUUUUCCACGUGUCCCUCCUUUAACACAACUGAAUCAAAUGAUCAGAAAGCUCAGCCAGAGCCUGAUAAUGAUCCUGGUCAUUUGAUUUGACUGAUUUGAUCCAAAUUGAAAUAAAGCAUUAUAGGACGAAUUUGAUUUUAUGUCAGACAUUUUGAGAAUAAAAUCAUGUCUUUAUCUGUAGUGUCAAUUUCAACUCUUUUGUUGAACGGAUCCCCUAUAAAAUAAAAAAAUUUAAAGGUGCAUUUCAACUAUGGCAUUCUGGGAAAUCGGCAUUUCGCUGUAGUGUGAACACUGUAGUGCGAUGUUUUCACUGCAUUUGUUGUCAUCCUGCCACAUAGAAGGUGACAAGGCAAUCAUGGAAUGCUAAUAGAAGCUUAUCUGUGUUUAUGCUGAUUAUGUUUAGUAUAUACCUCCGGGAUAAUGCUCUUUUAGGAGGUUUAUACAGAGUUGAGUGUAUUCUGUGGGAGACUUGAAGCUAGAAAAUGGAAACCGAAAGCUUGCAAAGAACAGUGACUGCAUUGUGUUAGCCUGUGAGCGUUUAGUAUUGACUUUGUUACAUAAAGGGAAAAAAAGUGUUUUUGCGCUGCUGUCAGUUCAGUGCCUGAUGUGUUUUACAGCGAAAUGUGUUUUGUAAGCAUGACGACACUUUGUGUGUAUGUACCGGAUUGACACAUACACUGCAUCAGCAUUCACGUGGAAUACUAAAUAGGGCUUUGAUUACCUCCUUAUUAGUAAAAUGGAGAAUGUUUUUUUUUGUGACUCCAUGUCUUAUAUUGUUAGUAUACCCCCAUUACAGUAGAAGAGGUCAAAUGUGUCAUGCCAAUCAAGUACACAGAUUUAGAUGACAUGGUGAUUGUUGCCAAGUAGCACAGUUCAAUUAAAUAACCUGCUGCAGUUUAUUAUGUAUAGCACAAAAAAAAAUUCAUUUCAA